GCGGCAAAAUUUAACAAAAGAAAGGUGUUGAAUCUGUAACUUCCCCACCGACUACUGAACUCUCCAUUUCAGUUUUCCCUCCCGAAAUCAAAACCCAGAAAGGAAUUUUCCGACCAUUCAAAUCCCGUACAACCGCUGAAAAUUGAGUGAUCGGAUUCCAUGUUAACGCCGCCGUUUUCGAGUCUCGGCGAAUCAUAGCAGGGUCAGCGGCGGGUUAAUCAGCAGAUAGAUUCCUGAAAUGGGAGACAAAGAAGACCAGCUUGAUAUGACGCAAAAGGGUUUCAUACCCUAUUAUGGACAAUUGUUUGAUUCAGACGACGAAGCUUACAAAUUCUACAACAUGUAUGCAGCAACCAUUGGAUUUGGUGUUCGAAAAGAAUAUUGUAACAAAGAUAAAUUGGGAAUGGUAACUUCAAGGAAGUUUGCAUGUAAUAAAGAAGGAUUCCGGCGUCAGGAUAAAAGGGAUAGGGAAACAAAGAGACCUCGUACAGAAACUAAGACAGGAUGUCUUGCUUGUGUCAUUAUACUACUUGACAGGGACACAAAAAUGUAUAAGGUGACACAAUUUGUGGCAGAGCACAAUCAUCCAUUGCAUAUUCCACAAUGCGUACACAUGAUCCCCUCACAGAGAAGGACAACAAUUACACAGGAUAAUUCUGAAUUGGUUGAUGCAUAUGGGUUAUCAUUGAAGCAGUCCAAUAACCUUGUAGAUAAGUUGGGGUAUCUUCCAAACAAGCGCUCUAGAGGCUUAAGGUUUGGGGAAGCUGGAACCAUUUUCAGAUAUUUUCAACAGCAACUUCUGGAAAACCCAUCAUUUUACUUUGCUGUACAAUUGGAUAGUGAGGAACAAUUAACUAAUGUCUUUUGGGCUGAUGCAAGGAUGACUAUAGACUACAAAUAUUUUGGAGAGGUGGUUACUUUUGACACGACAUUUAGAACAAACGAGGAAUAUCGUCCUUUGGGCAUUUUUCUGGGAUUUAAUCAUCACCGCCAGAUGGUAAUAUUUGGUGCUGCACUAUUAUAUGAUGACAGUGUUGACUCCUACAAAUGGUUGUUCCAAACCUUUCUAGAAGCCAUGUCUGGUAAGCCACCGAGAACAUUCUUCACGGAUCAAGAACCAGCCAUGGCAAAAGCUUCAGCUUCAGUGAUGCCAAACACCUUCCAUGGGUUGUGCACGCAUCAUAUUCGUCAAAAUUUCCUGAAACACCUUGGCCACAUGAUGAGGACUGAAACGGGUCUGGUACAAUUGUUUAGCAAGUGUAUGCUUGAAAUUGAAGAUGAAGUAGCAUUUGAGGAAACUUGGAGAGAGAUGCUUCAGAAACAUAACCUGGAUUCUAAUACAUGGCUUAAGAGUAUUUAUGAGCUGAGAGAAAAAUGGGCAAAGACAUACAUGAAGACAAAGCUCACAUUAGGCAUGCGAAGCAAGCAACUCAGCAAAAGCUUCAAUGCAGACCUCAAGCAUCAUUUAAAGACUGAUCAAGAUUUGGUGGAAUUCUUUACCGAGUUUCAUAGGGCUGUUGAGAAAAGAAGAUACAAAGAAUUGACUGCUGAAUAUGGGGCAAGGCAAAAGGUACCAAGUUUGAAGAUAAAGUACUCACCCAUGCUUAAUCAGGUUGCAGAGAUAUAUACUCCUACUAUAUUUGAGGAGUUCCAAGAUGAGUUUGACGUAUCUCUUGCCUUGGUAGUGAAGGGUCAUACAGUAAAUGAUAAUGUGCAUGAGUAUAUGUUGGCACGCUUUGAUGGAGGAGAUGAUCAGAGAGUCAUUUGUGAGAAAUCUACUCAAUCAGUCUUGUGUAGUUGUCAGAAGUAUGAAUGUGAAGGAAUUUUGUGCUCCCAUGCAAUCAAAGUACUAGAUUUACUUAACAUAAAGUUAGUGCCUAAUGAUUUAAUAGAAAAGAGAUGGACAAGAGAUGCAAAAAAAGGAAUUUUGAAAGGACCUAACCAGGAGAAUGAUAUGGAGGAGGAUGUCCAUUUGAAAGUUGUAGGGCGGUAUAGAAUGCUGUGUUCAACUUUAGUUAGGGUUGCUAUUAGGGCUGCAGAAUGUCAAGAAGCUACAGACUACCUUGUGCAAUGUGUGGAUAAGUUGACAAGAAAAGUUGAAGAAAUAUGUAAUAAGCAGAUGUCAAUUGAACAAGCUAGCACAAAUCACCAGUCAUCUUAUAAUGCAACAGACCAAGAAGAUGUUUUGGUAAUUUCCAUGGAUGUAAACCCAUCAGGCUCAAAAAGUGGACAGGGCUGCAAGUCCAAUAAACGGACAGGAAGCUGGACUGACAUGUUCGGUGAAAAGAGUAUGUAUGAGUCAAAUAACAACCAAGUUCAGGUAAUUGCUGAUCAAAGCCAAGAAGUUUCAGUUGACCAUGUGUCUUCUCCUCAAUCAGCUAAUAACUCUGUUUCAGCUAGGUCUUGCUCCCAAUCUACUAGUGACCCUUUGCAUUUACAUCAAGCUACUACGUGUCCGUCCCAGGAUAGCAAUAGCAAUUCCCUCUUUGGUCAAUCUUCUGUGGAAGUGGUCCAACGUGCGAACAAUGGUGCUGUAUUGGAAAAUAGGAACUUCUUAAUGAACUUCAAUGGGCUUGGUACUGCAAUGUCUCCCACUGGAACUCAGUUUCUGAUGGUAAAGCAAUCCAUAUUCUAUUAUCACCAUAUGUAUCUGCAGAGUUUGUACUUGUGUGAUUAAUUUUUAAUUACUUUUAUAUUGGGGUGCUUUUGCUGGUGCACAGCCACAUUGGGCUGCUAAUCAGAGCUGAGAAAUCAACUAUCAGUUGUCAUCAACAUACCUGCUUGUGAGGGGUUUGCAAGAUAAUCUAUUUUAUGUAAAGUUCCUAGGUUAUAUGAUGUAUUUUUGUGGCUAAUGCAAAUUGUAAUGGAGUACUAAGCUCUUCUUUAUGGAAUAUAAUAUCUUUUUGAA